UGCUCCAUUCAAUAUGACGUUCUCUUCUUCGUACAAAUAUUCGGCGCUGGCGCAAAACGAUCCAGAGGCACCAGAAGAAUUAGAAAUGAACAGUCUUGAAGGAUAUUCUGCAGUCGAUUUUGGUGAUCCAAGUCAAAGUGUAAUGGAAUAUGGAAUGCCUGAAGGUUCAUAUGAUUCCGUUUUUACAUAUGCUCCUUACAACGAUCUCGAUAAAAUGGGAUAUAUGGGUCCAGCAAGGCAAGGAAUGAUGCUGGGAAAUAAAUACGGAAACUUCACAUACACAAGAGAUUAUGGUGUUAAUAUGGAAGACGAUAUAAAACCCCUGAGCGCCAUUGAACUGUUGAUCUUCUGUGUUUCAUUUUUGUUUGUUGUGAUGACAAUGCCCUUAUCAUUGCUUUUCGCGUUAAAGUUCAUCUCUACCAGUGAGAAAUUGGUAGUUUUACGCCUGGGAAGAGCUCAGAAGACAAGAGGACCUGGUAUAACUUUAGUUAUUCCAUGUAUAGAUACAACACAUAAAGUAACAAUGUCUAUUACUGCGUUCAAUGUCCCACCACUCCAGAUAAUAACCACAGAUCGUGGUCUCGUGGAACUCGGGGCAACUGUUUUUCUAAAAAUUAGAGAUCCAAUUGCAGCUGUUUGUGGAGUUCAAGAUAGAAAUGCAUCAGUUCGAACAUUGGCAAAUACAAUGCUAUACAGAUAUAUCAGCAAGAAACGGAUCUGUGAUGAUGAGCUGGGAUCAUUUACGUGUCAAUUCGGAGUUGAAAUCACUGACGUGGAAAUUUCCGAUGUGAAAAUUGUGAAGGAAGGAGAGAACAUGGGGAUGUCUGCGUUGAGCAGCGUUGCGAAAUCCGAUGCUGGUCAACAGUUGUGGCAAGUUAUUGGACCAGUAUUCGAAGACUUUGCAAAGGAAUGUGCAGCUGAAGAGAAAGCAAAAGAAAAUGCACCAUUAGUUGAUUUGUCGGAUGUUCCCUCAACUUCAGCUGCGGGAACUUCUACAGAUACACCAAAUAUUCCUUCCAUUGAUAUCGACCAUCUUAUAUCUGUGGCAAGCCUAGCUAUGGAUGAACACUUAGUCCGUCUAAUUGGCAGAGUUUUCCAAAUUAAUUGCAAAGAUAUUGAGCCCAUUUGCAUUGAUUUGAAACAUGGAUCUGGAAGUGCGUAUAAAGGAACUUCCUUAAAUCCUGACGUGGUUUUUGAAACGAGUUUGGAAGUAUUUGGAAAAAUUCUAACAAAGGAAGUAUCUCCAGUCACUGUAUAUAUGAACGGAAACUUAAAAGUGAAAGGAAGUAUUCAGGACGCAAUGCAGCUAAAACACUUGGUGGAGCGAAUGUCAGAUUGGCUUUAAGAAAAUAUACUCAUUUUCUGUUCUCUUUUUUCUCUUUAAUAAAUGUUUUUUUUUUAAUUUAAA